AUGGUUGACGUGAUUUUACUGUCUUCGGACGAACCGGUCGUGGUAUUAUCUGAUGCAAGCGACUCGACUAAAGUUGCUGAUGAUGAAGAUACUGACUGUCUACUAGUUGAAUCCGUUGGUAAGCCACCGAAGGCUGACUUUGUCCAAACCACAUUCAUUCGAGAGAGCAACGGAUGUCCCAUUUUCGGAGUUGCCUUCAAUUGCGUAAAUCGUAUGUCCUCUGAUGAUCCGCUUCUUUUCGCUACUGUUGGAGGAAAGCACGUGAAUAUCUAUCAAUGUCGUGAAUUCUCUUCUGAGGAAUUGAAGAAAGCAGACACAGUGAGGGAGCCACCAAUUCACCUCCUCCAAUCCUUCGCCGAUCCGUCCAAAGAGGAAUUCUAUUGUUGUGCUUGGUCUCGCCUCCUGGAUGGCAAGUAUGAGGUGGAACCGGCCAAGGGGCAACAGGUUGUAGCUGUGGCGGGCAAAAAUGGCGUCAUCCGACUUUUGUGUCCAUCUUUGGCUCGGUGUCUGGACAGCUUUGUUGGACAUGGGCAGGCGGUCAAUGAACUCAAAUUUCAUCCAAAUAAUCCCUCUCUUCUUUUCUCAUUUAGCAAUGAUUUUACCGCACGUCUUUGGAAUAUUACAACCCACGUUGUUGUUGCAAUUUUCGGUGGUGUUGAAGGACAUCGUGCUGAAGUUCUUACUGGUGACGUCUCCUUGGCUGGGGAUUAUCUUCUCACUGGGGGCAUGGAUCAUCAUAUCAAGAUCUGGAAACUGGACACAGUCGAUAUAAAAGAUGCUAUCAAGGCUUCAAAAUUUUUCAAAAGUGCCGCUGAGAAUGAAGGGAAGCCCUUCCCUACAUUGCAGCAACACUACCCCGAUUACAGCACUCAGGUGCCACAUGGAAACUACGUGGACUGUGUGAGAUGGUUCGGUGGACUGGUGAUCUCCAAAUCUUGCGAGAACCGUGUGAUUGUCUGGAUGCCCGGCAAUGUGGACUCUAAAACAUCUCUAGAUCUCAAAGCCAUCGAACCUCCACGUCAAGAUGCUAUUGUAGACGAUUAUACCACGACUAAACCUACUCAAGUCACAGGGCUACCCGUCGAAUCGGGCUGCAGCAUAUUGCAUUGCCUCCCAAUGGAUGACACAGAGCUCUGGUAUAUCAGAUUCGAUUUGCAUCUGCAGCAACGUCUUUUAGCUCUGGGUACUGGAGCUGGAUCGCCGAGAAUCUACCUGUGGGACUUUUCUGAACUCAGUAUGGUUAUGGACCCUAUGCCAAAGAUUUUGAAGAUUGUAUCGACAGGAGCAGGCAAGGUCGAGAACUACUCAUCUAUUCGUCAAGUUCGUUUCAGUGCAGAUGGACGUAUUCUCAUCGCCGUGGGAGAAGGUGGUCUGAUUGCCAGAUUUGACCGAGUCUAG